ACAUGCGCACUGAACAAUAAACGUCAAGCCGACGCGCUGAAACUGCAGCGAAAUCUGUCUUUUAAAUUCAAAUCCGACGAAAUCAAAGCAUCAAUAUGUCGGCAUUAAUGCAGAAGCCCAAGAGUGAGAUGACGCCAGAGGAGCUCCAACAGCGAGAACAGGAGGAAUUUAACACCGGACCCUUGUCAGUUUUGACACAGUCUGUUAAGAAUAACACACAGGUCCUCAUCAACUGUAGAAACAACAAAAAACUUCUUGCCAGAGUGAAGGCAUUUGACAGGCAUUGUAAUAUGGUGCUGGAAAAUGUUAAAGAAAUGUGGACUGAGGUACCAAAAACAGGAAAGGGAAAGAAGAAAUCAAAACCAGUGAACAAAGACAGAUACAUUUCAAAAAUGUUCCUAAGAGGAGAUUCUGUGAUAUUGGUGCUUAGAAAUCCAAUGGCAACAGGAAAGUGAUAUAUAAUUAUUCGCCUAGAAGAAACAUUGAUCAAGACUUUACAUGGAGUAUAAUGUCAGUUGUAAACACCAUAGAACACUUGGCCAACUGACUCACGCUAUUGACACGGUUGGCUCAGUUUUUUACUGAAAGUUACGUAUUUAAAGAUCAAGUUUUACAAGAUGGAUUGUAUCAAGAGUAUGGCAAUGUGUCACUUUGCUGUUGACUUCCAAAUCAUGGAGUUGUGUCCCUUACAAUUCCCCAAGAAGAAUGUCUUGUUUCUUAAAUCUAUUUUUUUUUUUAGAAUGUGUGAUAUGAUUGGUAACCAGAAGAAUGUUUGGAAGCAGAGAAUGUUCGUUUGUGUGUAUAGGGAUAAGAAAUAGCAAUUCAUUUAGCAACUACCUAGAAAUUUCCAAGAUUUUUGAUGAAUCUGUCAUGAAACCGUCAUGAUAGAGCUGAAACUGGAACCCAAGGCCACAUGACAAUAAGAUGAAAGAUCCAAGACCCAAGAUCAAGGCAAAGAAAAGAUUUGUGUGGCAUGAAUGGUGAACAUGGAGAUGGAGCCUAGUCACAAGUAGAAUCAUUCUAUCGGUGUUAUGUAUGUUCUGUGAGGUGGUAGAGUAUUGACGCCAUAUCACCUUCCACAGGGAAAAGUGACCAUUUGUUCAGGUUUCACAAGGUUUCUAGAAGUUCUGACUAAUUGUGGUACAUAUUUACGGAAUGUUGGAUUAAAACUUGUGUGGCAUUUGAGAAAUAUGGUUACAAUGUUGUACAUGAUAGUAAUUGGUUUCAGUAAAUUGAGAACAGCACCAAGAUCACCAAUCUUAAGUUAUAUGUCAAUCCUAACAGUUUGGGAUUACAUGUAUAGAACUGAAGUGAUUUCAUAAACUGUCUGUGAGAUGAAAAAGGUAUACCAUCCACAACAGCUUAACUUAACUCGUUCAAAAGAAUGAGGAGAGGUUCUACAGAUCUGGCAAUCUUGACCAGGACUAAGAAAUCUAAGUAACAAUACAGACUGUACAAUGGAAUCACUUUUAACCAGAUAACAUCUAUCAUGUCUUUUAAACAUCCUCAUCAUAAUUUCAUUGUUUCAUGAUCAUGAAUUGUUCAAAUUUCAAGUUAAAAAGGAAUAUCUCUUUAAACUUUUUUUCCUAGAAUGCAUUGUGUGAUAAAAAGCUUGAGAAUGGUGUGUGGAAGUGGAGAAAAUGUUUGUAGGGAUUACAGGAAAUAGUUCAUUUAUUAAAUACCAAGAAUUCAUUUCUAUUUCUCUUGUGCAUCACUUGUAUCAUUGUAUAGGUCAUACUUUUAUUUUAAAAGUCUGUGUCAUUUGUUUUAAUUAAAGGUAAAUUGAGUUAUUUUUCAUAAAUAAAAAUCAUUCAUCAAUGUCAUUCAUGUCAAACUAAUGAUCUAUCUGCAGACUGUGUCAGGAGUACAGUUUGUACUACUCUGGAGUACAUGUAUAUGUUGCAUAUUGUUUAAAUGUUUUGAUAUAAAGAAAAUUGUGAAUAAAUGAUUUGUAAACAA